ACGGCAUUGCUAAAAACGAGCAGCGGGGAGUUCGCCUGUGCUGCUAGUCUAAUCAGUGAACGCUACGUGCUGACGGUUGCUCACUGUAUAAAGAAUAGAAACGUGACAUUUGUACAGCUUCGAAAGAAGGAUUGUGAUGAGCAGGGCGUGUGUACACUGGCACCGCAAGACAUCCCCGUCGAGCGUGCCAUCGCACACGAUGGCUUCAGUGCCCGGAGAAAACUGAACGACAUUGCCUUGGUCCGUUUGGCACAAAACGUUUCGUUCAAUAACGAUGUGCUCCCGAUCUGUCUGCCAGUGGCUCCCGAAUACCAGCCAGCAGGAUCGAAUUACUUCACUGCUCGAGAUGGGCAGGAUUACGCUUCACUGAACACCGACACGAUCUCGAUCACGGAAGUUCAUCCACUGACCACUGAAAACUGUGAGAAUCGGUUACAAGAGCUGAUUAAAAGGCAACACAAGAUCCAGGAAUCUCAUAUCUGUGGGUACGAAGCGGGCAGCUUCGAUGGGUGUGCUACCAGCGCCGGUGGACCACUGGUAGCGCUGGACCGCUUCGGACGUAACGUGCAGCACGGGGUAGUUUCCUAUGGAGUUCAAGAUUGCUCUUUAGAAAAUGUACCCUCCGUGUACACCAGGGUGGAAAGCUUCAUCAAUUGGAUAUUGCACAAUCUCGAAGAGUGAUCGUACGAUUGCUCCUUUGCAUUGUUCUAACCGCUCCUUUUAUUACACCGUUUGCCUAUAAAAUGUAAGUCGAUGAAUGAUUUUGGCGAUUUUUAGCGUUGUGAAUAAAAUCAGCAUUGCGCAACAUCGUGACAGAGUGAAAUAUG